AUGCACGAUAUUACAGCAGUAACAUCGCCAACAAUUACUGGUCAGCAAACUACUACUACAAUACCCGUUACACUGUCACAAAUAUGUCCACCAACAGCUGCUCCACUCGGUAGUCAUCAGAUUUUGAUCGAUCCAACAACCGGUCAGCAUUUUUUGAUAUCUUCUGCACCACCAGCACCACAUCCACAAAUAAUCUAUCAGCCGGUUUAUUACUCUGCUACGCCAGCACAACCUGUUUAUUAUCAUCCUUUUACAUCCGGAGCUCAUGGUGCAUAUGUCGUAGCUGCUACACCUAUAACCGCUUCCCAAGCCGGAAAUCAGAUAGCACCAUCACAUAUGGCGCUUGGACAGCGGUUUUCUUCAACACCACCGCUGGUGACAACUGCUCAAAGUACCACUGGAUGUUAUGUACAUAAUGUUGCUGAUUUCGAUGACACCAGAUCAACUGUAACAACUGAUGAAAGGCAUACAGUUUUCGAGCAUCCAAUAAUGUCGACAAUAAGAAGUCGUGCGGUGGAUGCAAAACAAAUUCUUGUUUCAAAAAAUUCCAUCUCACCUCCACAUGCUUCACCUAUUUUAUCUCAAAAUUGCUUAAUAUUCGAUAAUUUGGCAACUACACCGUUGGGUAAUUCUCAAAAUACUUCUACACAAAUGCGUCCGCAAGAGGCUACCACAUAUCAAGAAGUUGUUAGUAAGCCAGUCAUUUCCACCAGUACUGUCACUAUAAGCCAUGCUCAAACAAAAGACGGUGAAAGGACGCCAUUAUUUGGUUCUGCACCAACAUGGUGGGGUGAAAAUGGUACUUCCAGUGUAAAAGUACAAAAUGAUGGCGAAAACACGAGGGAUACAACUACGGGAAAUGCUCAUCGGCCAUUAAAAUCGAUUAGGAUGGAUAUUGACUUAAAUGAGCCUUUUAUCGAUGAAGAAGCAAAAAGAGAGAACAAAGCUAAAGUUGCUCAACGUACAUUUUCUUCAACUGCAUUUACUGUCUCCUUUGACAGUGAAGAAGAUUCACAGAAAGUGAAUUUAUCACUUCAAGAUGCUGCUAAGAAAACUUCAUCCAGGCGUUUUAUGAGAAGAAGUAUGCCAGCAUCUGGAUUAGUUUCUAAAGGUACUGCAGCCAAAAUAGCCGGUUUAACAGCUGCAUCUAGUGAUCCGAAGCAAUAUUUGCUGAAUAAAAUGUUGAUGGGAAUUGGCGAAGAAUGCAAUGAAGAGACAGAUGUGAUCUCAUCAUGCGAACAUGGAGGAAAAAAACCAGAUACUGACGAUACAUUAAGUGAAGCAGGGACUUAUGUUGUUGAUGGUGAUCAUGCGAAUCAAAUGGUGACUUCACAGACUGUUAAAGAUUCCGAUGCAGAAAGUGUUUCAAGUGAGUCGACGACAACCCAAAGCACAGAAAAUCUUCGUCCUACUAUGCCAAUGCGCAUGGGAUCGAUUUUGCCUCAAAUCAAUGAGAAUGUUAGCAACACAGGUGGUGAAACAGAAAAUAACGAACAUCUCUUGAGUGAUCUGUUGCGUCUUAAUUCGGGACGAGUUGCUCAACGUCGUGAUAUCGGUGAACAUCAAGUUGUUGCACCAUCUACACCACCACUUUCGAAUUCAUCUCGUCUAACUGCUGCAACGGGGUCUCAUGUAAGGAUUCCACGUCGUCCAGACACUGCUAAAGGAGAAGAACGUCAGUAUAAUUCGCAUCGUUUAUGUACCAUGGCAUCAUCUUCACGUACAGCACUGUCAUCCCAAGUGCAUCGUACACAACCGACUGCUGGUGCAAGUGGAAUGAAUGAUAAUACCUUCAGGCGUGGUGAUGGUGGUCGAUAUUCGAUGCGAUUUUCUGCUAUUAGCAAUAAGAAUCAUCCAACUCCUGCGACAAUCAAUCGGAGCGAUAGACCGCCAUUCCGUGUUGGAGGGAGUGGAAGAAAUCAGGCAAGUGGAAUAAAAGCACAGAAGGAAAGUGCUGAGAUGACGGCUUGGCUAAGACGUAAGGAUUAUAAUCCGAUGAAGGCAGCAGCUGAGGCAAAGAAAUUACAGCAACUGAAAACACGAGCGGACAAAUUUGCAUCAAACCGUUCAAUAUCAUUUCAUCAAGGGACUCGACCUUUUACCAAUGUGCUACCUAUCAUCCGGAAUUCAAAUAAAGCUCGUCACAACCGAUCGCAAGAUGACUUAUCAGUCAAUAAUGCCUCUUGUGGACCGGAAACAAUUCUUGUCAAUUAUUCAAAAGGUAUUACGAGGGAUUUGAAUAAACUACGCUCUUCUGAAGUUACUCAGGAUCAGACUCGUAUAGAUGGUCUUGAAAGUGCCGUACAACAACUUACUAUGAAAUGUAAUCGAAGCAUUGAAUUGAUAAGGAAUUCUCAUCAAGGACAUUUGUCGGAAUCAGUGGAGAAUUUACUGGAAAUGGCUAUUAAGCCGGUGAAAGAUUGUACGGGGACAGUAACUGAUCAACUGGACCGGUUAUCGGCAGCAUUUGAUGCGAUACAGAAGUAUUUGGAGGUCUCAUCAGCAUCUUUGCCAGCAUCACCAUCUGGUUCCAGUCCUACAGCAUCAGUCACAGCACUGUCGACCUCUCCAAGUCGACGACCGUGUAGUGCCUACCAAAGUAAGCUUGCAGCAGCCAAGCGCAGUCCGUCAGAGAGUCAAAAAAAUUUAUGA